AAAAUGUCCCCCUUUCACUCGCCGCUCGAUGUAAACAUUGUGAUAACGAUUCCCAUUCGCAUAAUAUCAGAACAAAGCUUGCUACCGGCUGCUGGUAGCCAGCCAGUCGCGCGAAGUCGUAGGAUCCUUUCCGGGCGCUAGGUUAGUAUCCCUUCGGCAGCGCUUGGAAUCGGUCGCGAAACGUGCUUUCUCCUGGAACGGGCAAAUCGGAUCCAACAGUAGUGGGACCUAGGACUAUGUGGUGUGUAUAGCUGCUGCUGAUGAUGCAGUUGUGAUUUUUAACAGUGGUGUUAUUCUGACUAAAAAUGAGUUCGAUUGCGGUUUUAAACGGUCCGACACCAAACGACCGUAGUUGUAGCAGCGACAGUAGUGCCGCCGCCGACACGAUGGAAGAAUUUUUACCGAGUGGCAGGAAAAGUGUUUCAAAUCCAAACCUCCGGCGGGCAGAUGACCACGACGCCCCCGAGUGUUAAAUAAGUGAGAAAAAUAAACCGAAAUCGGAAAGUUUUGAGCAGAAAUAUAGAAAUACGUGGUGGAAAAAAACGGGCACGAGUUGAGAAAAACCAGUGAACAGCUCCAGUACAGAGGGGAAGGCAAAAUCAUCGAAAAAAUGGCGAAAAACGCCACCAGCUUGCUGUGACAGCCUUUCGGCCAGCCGGCAAAACCAGCUCAGCGAGCUGGGCUAAGCUUCAACAGUGAACCAAAGUUGGCUUUGAUUGCAGGGAAGACUGGGGCUGCCAAGAAGCGGAAGUUCUAGUUUUGAUGUGCGAGUUAAUUAAAAAUAAUUGCCCGUUGAAACGAGUAGUGGCAGGGGUUUACUAAUUAGAGAAGGGAGUUUAAGUGUGGUGAAAAGCGAAGAAAGAUUUGGAAGGUGAAGUUUUUUUUUUACUCUACGGCGACAACGAGUAGUGCAAAGAAACGCAACAAUGCUAGCUAAAUUAGGUGUAAAUAUAGUCAUACUACUAGUCUUAGGAAAAGAAAUCAAAGCCAGCUGGGAAGAAUGGUGGACGUACGAUGGAAUCUCAGGGCCCGCCUUCUGGGGGCUGAUCAACCCGCAGUGGAACAUGUGCAACAAAGGUCGCCGCCAGUCGCCCAUCAACGUGGAACCGGAUAAGCUGCUGUUCGAUCCCUAUCUCAGGUCGCUGCACAUCGAUAAGCACAAGAUUUCCGGCACACUGCACAACACGGGCCAGUCGUUGGUGUUCCGCGUGGACAAGGACACCAAGCAGCACGUGAAUAUCUCCAGUGGGCCACUGGCCUAUCGGUACCAGUUCGAGGAGAUCUACUUUCACUACGGCACGGACGAUGGGCAGGGCUCGGAGCAUCACGUCCACGGGUACAGCUUUCCGGGGGAGAUUCAAUUAUACGGCUUCAACAAAGAGCUGUACCACAACAUGUCCGAGGCGCAGCACAAGGCCCAGGGCAUCGUGGGGAUCUCGCUGAUGGUGCAGAUCGGCGACACGCCCAACCCAGAGCUGCGGAUAAUCACCAGCACCUUCAACAAGGUCACCUACAAAGGUUCUUCCACGCCGAUUCGGCACAUCUCGCUACGGUCGCUUCUACCGAACACCGAGCAGUACAUGACGUACGAGGGGUCCACCACUCAUCCGGGCUGCUGGGAGAGCACGGUAUGGAUCAUCCUGAACAAGCCGAUCUACAUCACCAAACAGGAGCUAUAUGCCCUGCGGAAACUGAUGCAGGGAUCGGAGCAAACGCCGAAGGCACCGCUGGGGAACAAUGCGAGGCCCCUGCAGGCGCUGCACCACCGGACGGUGCGGACGAACAUCGAUUUCGCCCAUACCGGGGCCAAUAAGAACCAGAACUGUCCCACCAUGUACAAGGACAUGUACUACAAGGCGAACCGCUGGACGGACGUUGCCUUCCGCGGUCGCGAACGAGGUCUUCCCGACAUCGACUCGGUGUUCCAAUCGAUCCCCUAGUGGAGCUGGAGCGGGGGUGGUGGUGGCGGCGGUUCCAGCAACCGCUUGGGUGGCAGUGUUGCCAAAUCUCCCCAGUGAAUCGGGCCCGAAGGGGGUAAGUUCGAGAGCAAGAUGUUUGACUUUCUUAGCUAGGGGAUUUCAAGAUGAUGAGAUCGCGAGCGGUCCAGUAUAUAAAAAGUGCGACAAAUAGAAAAUAUUCCUAUUUUUGUGAAGAACUGAUCAUGGAUGGACGUCGUAGAAAAUCUGUAUAAAAAAUGUGUACUGUUACUAGAUCUCUACGGCCCUGAGGCGCGAAGGAGUAUCCUUCUCUAAAACUAUGAAAUGCCAAACAAAAUUACCACUGAUGAAAAGAAGACAGAACUUAACGAGGAACCCCUUUUUGGGGUGGACAAUAAUUCAAAUAUUUAACAAACCACUUUUUGAACAAAUCAAAUUCAUCAACACUCACAUCAAUUUGCUUGCAAGCGAAGCUGUCAAAAUUACAAGAUGGCGAUAUUUUUAUAGCAAAAUCCAAGCAAGCCUGUUCUGUCAGUCCACCCUCAUUGUUGCUUGCAGCGCUGAUGGCAAAACCUCUGUACAUACUCAUAACCUUACAAUUAACAAUGAAAACAGUAUAGAACAAUACACGAACAACUAGCAAAAAGUGCUUCUACUGAAACUACCAUAAAGUUUAACCUUCAACAAAGUAACGGAAGCCUAAAACGAAUACAACAUGUAAACAACCAGAGUAUAGUAGAAUUUUUAUAACGUGAUGCCUAAACUGAAUACUAACAUAAAUAAAACACUAGUUGUACAUUUUGCGAAACGGUCGUUGUUAUUAUGGGUUUGCAAUUUUAAACAAAGCAAAGUAGGCGCUAUAAAUUAUCUGUCUGUAAAAAACAAUACACUCAUAAUCGAAUCCAACCAGAUAAACAAAAAAAUACGAUCAACCAAACGUAACGAAUGAAAAAAACUGCUGCGACAAUUAUUACGAUGGAACGAAAUCAGAAAACCAAGCGUUGUUAGCGUUGAGUUGUUUCGUUUCCUCUGGCAACCGGGUGCUUGAUGGGUGUGCGCGCGCGUGCAAUUUGUAAACAAAACAACCGAAGCAUCUGUCAAUCAAACCAGUAAACGUGCAUCAAUUAGAACCGCGUAUUUAAUGCAAAGCAUGUUACUAAACCCCUAAAACAUACCUAAAACAAACAAGUGCUUAACGAACGAGAGAGAGAUUGAGAACUCUUGACGAUUGCUGUAUACUGAAAAAACACGAAAAACAAAACAAACGCAAGUCAUAAACGAAGGACAAAAUGCAAUACUCUACCGCAAACCAUCCACAAACACGAAAUUACCCAACCCAUGUAACCGAGAAAGUAUUGAAAUCCCGCUCUCCUAUAUACCUACUAUCGAACGUUUUGGGAAACCCGAAAGGAAGCAGGUUUGAAACAAAUCAAAUUAUUGAAUUUAUUUAACCAAAAGAUUCAAUUCAGAACA